AUGGCAUACGAAGCACUGCGGAUACCAGUUCGCUUUAUAUUCGUUCUAUCCAUAGAGUUCAUGCAAUGUAAAGCAAACGUGAAAUCAGUGAAGUUAAGGUCAAUGUCUUAUAUAAGUGGCAUGUUACCUACAAGUGGAAACUGCUUCGUUUCCGAGUUAGAGGAUACAAGACUUACAGAGUGUUCACUGAGAUGUUCGAUGACGAUAUUUCCUCCUGUGAUGAGGGCUGGGUACAAUACAGAGACCACUGCUACUUCAUCCACAAGACAGCCAGACAGUGGGACGAGGCUGUGUCAAAGAGCAUAUCUGGUGGAGAUUGAGUCAGCUGAGGAGAACAAAUGGAUUCAAAAUAAAACGGCAGGACGCGGGUCUAUCUGGGCAGGAGGAUCUGAUAAGGAGACAGAGGGCCUGUUUAUAUGGAAUAAAAGUAAGAAGGCUAUGCUUUUCACCAACUGGGAUGAAGAGGAACCAAACGACUAUUUAUCAGGCAAUGAUUGUCUUGAAUUUGUUUGCUCUCGAGGAUUUUGGUAUGCCAGGAGUUGUGCGGCAGGAUUUCCAUUUCUUUGUGAGAAAACAUUUUAA